CAUGUCUUCUCACUCCCGCCCACACGACAUCGUCGAGGCGCUAGGGUUUGGCGAUCUCCAGGUAGGCGCCCCAGAUCCAUCCGCGGGAAUGCAGGAUGGCUAGCUCGAGAAUGCGAUGAAUUUCAGCGUCGAGAUCUGGAAGAGGAGCUUCCAGCGCUUCGGCUUGGGCGAUCCGAGCAAGAGUCCAGCGGCAGCGAAAGAAUCGGAGGAGUCCGACGAGGAGGAAGAUGGAUUUCGGAAGCUCCAGGAGAAGCACGCGGCCCUGGAGCAGAGAGUGCGCGCCUUGGAGACGCGCCUCACCUACAAAGAAGCCCAGGUCUUGAGCUUUGAGGAGAAGUUGGGGGCGUCACAGGGAAGAAUCGAUGACAACCAGAAAGAAGUGGCCGCGCUAGCAAGAGAGAGCGAGGGGAAAGAUCGGGUGAUUCUGGAGCUCAAGAAAGAAUGGGAGGAGAAGAAAUCCGAAUGGAGCAGAAAAGAGGAGGUUUUCGUGAAUGAGAUCCAGGGGCUGGCCUCGGAACUUGAGGACAAAUGCGUGGAGUGGAACAGCGCUUGUGUGGAGGCUAGGAUCGAGAAAGACAGGUCGCGCGCGAUGGAAAGCUCGCUGCGAGAAAAGAUCGAGGAGCUGCGGUGUAGCAGAGAAGCUCGCGAAGCAUCCCAAAUGGCCUAUGACGCUCAGCUCCAGUCCUUGAGGCAAACAAUGGAUCGAGCUACGAGUGAGCUCCAAGAAAAACUGGUGGAAAAUGUGUCCUUGAGGAAAGUUCUCCUCGCAAAGGACGCCGAGCUUUCCAGUUUGAAGGAGGAGGCCGGGGAUUUACGUGAGAAAACGUCGAAGCUUGUGGAGGAGAUCCGGGAGGCUCAAGAAGAACGCCAUCGCUUGAAGGGCAUGCUCGCGGCGACCAGCCUUGCGUACAACAAGGAAGUGGUUUCGGAUUUAAGGACGAGUAUUGAUCCUGGCAACGAGGUGGCUGAGAGGCUGGAUGGAGCAAAUGCGAAGAUGAAGGAGCUCGAGUCCAUGCUGGGUGAGCUCAUCACUUUCGCUCGAGAGAAGGACGAGAAGCUGGAUGCUUCCGAAUGGACCGUGCAGCAGCUGGGAUUGUUCGAGGUGUCCAAGAUUAAGGCCAGCCUAGCUCAAGCCGAGAAGGAUCACGUCCAGCUCAAACAGGAGAUUUGCGAGCUAGAGAAGAAGCUUCAGUUCAAGGAGGACGAGCUGGCGGACAUGGAGAAAUACUCGAGACUGCUGCGAAAGCAGUUGAGAAAGGUCGAAGGCGAGGCCGAGACGAUGAAGGAAAACUUGCAGCUAGCUCAAGCCAAGUACGAUGGCUUGAAGGCAGAUCACGACGCAGCAUUAUCACGAAUCGCCGGUUUCGACGAGCUCAAGAACAACCACGUCGUGAUCUCUCGUCACGACGACAAACUCAAACAGAUCCAUCUGGAGCUCCAGAGAACGAAGAUGAACACCAAAGAUCUUAUGGAGAAGAUGCUCUCGCUCCAGAGCAGCCUUGUUCGUGGUCACGACGACAAGAAACUUUGCUCUUCGUCUCCAGGGAAGAAUUUCAAUUCUCUCGAGCUUCCAGUUCUCAGGAAAAACUCGAUGAUCGACGACCAAGGCAAGAGCUGCAAUAAGAGAGGCCGGAAUGUCGAUAUAAAAGCCGAGAAGGAAUUUGAUCUUGCGAGCAGGGAUACUGCCGUGAUCACUGAAGAACCAGUUCGCCUUAUACCAAAGAGGCAGCGACAGUAAAAAAGAGUUUUUCUUAAACUGAAUGUUUUAUUACACCUAAGUUAAUACAAAGCUUUUCUUUUAACCUUAA